AUGUCCUCCUCCGCCGCCACGACGUCCUCCCACGCCGCCGGGGUCAACGUCCCCGCCUACCGCCAGCAGCUCCUCGCCAUCUUCCGCUACAUGGCGGUCGUCAUCGGCGGCCUGUACGCAGAGCGCGCCCGCCUCAUCGCCCAGCAGCAGGGCAACACCCACUGCGUGCCCGUCCUCGCCGCGCUCGGCCCUGACGGCUGCAGGGAGCUGGAGAGGCAGCUCUGGGACAAUUAUGACCUCGGCGCGGACGAGGUUGUCGAGAUGCUCGUCGACGACGUCGGCGACCUGCUGGACGCGGAGAAGGAGCUGGCGCUGGUGGAGAAGAAGCUGGCGUUCUGGGUGCGGGAGAGCAAGAAAUUGCAAGAAAUCUUCCUUCAUACGACCAUGUUCUUGAAGGAGAAGAGGGAGGCUGAGGCCAGCGGUCAGGAGUGGGACCUGACGUUCGAGCAGUGGGCGGCGUGGUACCCGAAGAUCACGCCGGUGUUGCCCAGCCAGAAGAAAUGGGCGAAAGAGGGGGAGAGGCGCCGGCGUACCGACAGCAAAGGCCCUGAUGCUGGCGCGUUCCACUCUACUAUAGAGAUCAACGACUUCCCACAGAAGGCGCGAUGGGCUGUUACCAAUCGCACCAACGUCGUCAAGAUCUUGGACAGCACCGGAGUCUCUAUCACCACCAAAGGCAACUACUAUGGGCGUCUGGGCUUGUUUGGCUCUGCGGAGAGAUAA